AUGUCUCGCGGUCUGCCAAAUGAAGACAUUUUUAUUUUUAAGCUUCGAAAACAAAACAGGUUGACGAAGGCAGGUUAUUAUGCUGUUUAUCCAACCGCACACUCAGCUCUCAUUAACAGCUUUCGAUUUUCAUCUUUUCAUGACGGUUUGAAAGAAAUAAAAAAAGAGAAUGAAUCCGAAUUCUUGAUGGCUAUGGUUUUUUUACCACCGAAGCUGUCAACAGCAUCGCUUGAUAAAUAA